UUUAAUUACUUGUUGCAAAAUCAAGUUAAGUACUACAAAAAAAAGUUACAAGUAAUAACCAACUAAAUGAAAGUUUUUACCUUAAUACUCACAUUCUCCAUCAUCAUUGCCUUCUCACAUGCAACACCAACAUUAGUCACUCAACUUCAACUUCAAUUGAAUCAAUCUUCCAUGCUAAACCAUACUGAAGAACAAGUAAAUAUAUUUUAUCCUUAUUUUUUUUCUUUCGCACCGGUUUCCGACCUAUAUAGUAGAUCGACUAAUCCAGCUUAUGCUACGGAGGCAUGCGCACUGGCCAAACGUUAUUUCUAUCAGGAAUCGAAUUCGAUUAAUGAGGCUAGAUUGAUGAGUGGUAGAGGUAGAGGUAGAUAUGUAGACUGCAGCUACUUGAUUACCAUAAAGACAAGCUGUGAUUCUCCAAGAAAUUCAAAAGAUCAUAUUGGUCUUUUAUUUGGAGACUCCCUUGACUCCGAGAUUUAUGUUCCAAGACUAGAUGGACCUGAUUCUGGGCCGUUUAGGAGGUGCAGAACAAUGUCAUUUGAUGUAAAAGCACCAGAACCAUGCAUGGGAGAAAUCUGCAAACUGUAUCUAUUUAGGAAUGGAACUGAUGGUUGGAUGCCAGAGACUGUUACAGCAUAUGACUAUCAUUACCCUCCUGUCAUAUUUAACUACAACUUUUUUCUUUCUGAGGGUCCUGGCGUUGGUCACAAUUAUUGUGGGACAAUUAGAAGGUUUAAAGAUGUUUUGACAGAGGCAACCGGGAAGCUUAUGGCAGUUGUCAACAUUGGUCGCAAGUUGUAGCAGAUCAAGAAUUGAAGACACGUGGAAGCAAAUCAGAAAAAAAAGCAUGCAUAGUAAGAUACGUGUCAAGUCCUAGAGAAGUAAGAGUUAUCGACAAUUAUUGAUCUAUUUAGCAUAUAAGUUGAUUUCACUUAUGUAAUGAAGAUUUGCAAAUUUUACCAGUAUUUUCUAUAGAACUCGAGUAUCCAAGUCACAGAGAUAAAAAGGUUUAUGAGAAAACAUGUAUGAAUCUGCGCCCCUUUUCUAAUUCCUUCAUCAAAGCAUUUGAUUUGAUUUU